AACUUGCUGUCCAUAACGGUACACGAGAAAGUAUCAAGUGCACUGAGACCAUUUCGAAUAUGGAUUUGUAUAAUUACGGAAACAACAUAAUACCAGGGUAUUACUGGACAAAACACAUUCUGUACUGGACAACUGACACAGGAACAUCUCUACCUCGAACCAAACCAGUUUUGUGUGGAGCGUACAAAAAGACAGUUGGGAAAUAUUUUAUCGACUGUGGCCAACGUCGAUUCUCAUUAUGUCAGAUUACCGAUUUCACAGAAUGGAAAGGAACUACUUAUAAGCAGUGUUUCAGUGCAGGACAAUCUACCACUAUUGAUGCACUAUACAGUGUUGGCAAUACCACGGUUAAAUCAGCAGUGAGCGUCUCAAAAAGCAUUGAAAGAACAAGAACAUCAAGAAACCUUCCUGUGACAGAGUCAAUUUCUGAUCGAAAUGAAACAGAAGUGUCUAUUAAGGACGAAGCAGAGCAGCGUACAGAGCACGAACAUGAUUCAAAUAUUGGUGUGAAAGCUGGUGUACCAGUCGCAAUUAUUUUGGCAUUGAUAUGUGGAAGUUUAAUUAGCAUUUACUUGUCUAGAAGGUAUAAAUGUUGGCAGUCCCGUAAAAGUACAAAAGACAACGCAAGAGCAAAUACGCCUAGCAGUAUAAUUUCUACAAUGCAGGAAAAUGGACAAUCCAAUGCUGUCCAUAAAUUAAGUAAAGAUAUACCAAUAAAAAUAUCUGAUUAUGUUGUGAAGGCUUAUGUUCCAAAGAAAAAUGAAAAUGUUUAUACAGAUUCAAAUCCUGAAUAUGCCACUGUGAAUAAGAAUAUGAAACAACCACACGCUCAAACACGUCAUGGAAAAUCUACAGGGGUAGAAUAUAAUAGUGGACAAAGCAACGAUGCAGAAAAUAAUGAAAUGAAUUCCUACUCUUAUGCCUUUACAAGCGGAGAAUACUUUGCCAAUGCAAAGGAAAUUCAGACGGCUGAAUACAGUUUUGCGACAGAAUUAGAUGGAGAAUUAGAUAACACUAAUGUAAACUGUAAUGUCACAGAGGGAGAUUAUGAUGUCAGUGGUAAAGUUGGGAGUUGCAGCGUCAACAAGUCAAACAAUAUCUACAACACAUUGCAAAGCGGUGAAUACGAUUCAUCCGCCCACGUAUUAAAACGUAACAAUUGUAAUCAUAUAUACGGAGUUCCACAAAAUGCAGGAUCAGAAUCAGUCUACAAUUCUGUCGACCAAGGAAAUGGUUCAAAACAACCUGAUAACAUUUACAAUCAGUUAACGAAUAAAGCAUCUGGAAGUGAUAAAGAAAAUAAGUAACAUCUUGAAAAUUAAGUACAGGGCAACUUUACUUACCAAACGGAAUACAAACUGGUGUGGACGAAAUAUCUUGCUAUAACUGAGACAGUUACGUCGCAUAGUUUACUUAAAAUUGCUUACGAUAAAGCAAGCUAAUACAAAUAUAACUUUUUACUGCAAAACCAACCACAGUUCUUUGAAUGAAAGUUUGAAUAUUAUAACAUUAUAACAUCUACAGAAGCUAGUUUUAAUUUUGACAGUAUUUCAUGCAAGGCGCUAUGUUUGAAACAGUUUAAAUAUCAAUUUGAUUUUUCACUGAUAAAUUUCAGAUUUUCACCGAAGAGCAUAAAAUAUAUCGUUUGAUUUCCUAACUUUAGAGAGAGCUACUUGAAAAUAUUAAAUGCACUCUCACCUGAACACAUACUUAACAAAUAAUCAAGGCCUUCGAGUGGUUUAUUAUCUAAUUUACCACGGUUCAGAGUUCAGAUGCGCAGGAAUUGAACCACGAGGGCGUGGUUAAAUACUGAUUCAGCACCUGAACGAUGAACCGUGGUAAACUAGAUGAUAAAUCACAAGAAAGCCUUGACUGUUUUUAUUCUGACAUGCUCAUUGAUAUAUUUAAAUAAAUAUUAUGCUGGACUUUAUUUACCCGAGGAGUAAUGUAUCGGACGUCAUGCGACAAUUUGACGUCAUAAUUGACGUCAUAAUGCUCUCUUACCGGUCCGCGCGUCAACGGUUGUUUAUCGUAGAAUAAACAGAGCUUGAUUUCUUUCUUUGUUUAACUGGAAAUCAAAUCGAGCCAUGUUAGAAUAAUGAUUUUGACACAUGGUGUAUAAUUUGCGUUUUCUAAGCCUCAGCUUGUAUGAUUACUUUAAAAUUGACGCAUUUUUUAUUUCUUACUUAUUAUUUGCGGCUUGAAUUUGUUCUGAACCAGACCUUUAAGGUUCUAUAAGAUAAAAUAUGAUAG